AGGCAGGCAUAAGGUCCCAUGUCCUCAUGAUAGAACCUCUGGCCUUUACUAUCAUAAACUCGACUCUCCGUCGCGCAUCUCCAUGUUCAUCCGCUCUCAACCGUCUCAUGGGUCCGCCCCCCCGCAAAGCACUCCCAAACGACUUCUUCAUUCCGUGCGCUAGACCUUGGAAAGGAAAGGAGAAGGAGGAUGACGCGUCGUCGCUCGAUAUGUGGCCAAAAGAGGGCGAACUUUCUGGGUCAUAUCCCACUCAACAUCCGACCUGGGGCUGCAGACGGAGGAUGUUUACGAUGGGCAAGCCCAUACCUCAGCGGUCACGCGUCACCCGACAUCACAGCCCUCACCGAAUGUCACGUCGAAAUAUGACUUCGUAUUCCUCUUCCGCCACCUCAAGUCAACUCGCUAGCUCAUCUUCUACUCCUGAGCUAGCGGAUCCCUACUCACGCUUCCAGGAGCUCAUCGACUCUCCUGAACUCGACUUUGACUUGGAGGAGGCGUGGCUGGUAUAUAAGGCCGCAGUUGCGUCAAACUACCCCUCACCCAAGGAACUGCUCUCGUUUGCAGAACGUUACAUACAGGCCGCGGAGGCUCAGUAUCCGAACAUACCUGACCUGGACGUUUUCCGACGUUCGGGCAAGAGGAUGGAACAGUUACUUGCUGGCAUACAGUCACAUAUAACUCAGUCAUCCUCCAUGGAACACUGGUCUUGUCUGAUGGCUCAGGCAUGCGCCCUUGGCGACAAAAUGCAUGAUGCCGUUUCGCUCAUAAAUGACCUGAACCAAAACGUUAAACGCUGGGACCUUGCACGAAUACGACCAAUCAUUGAUGCCUAUCUGUCCGUCCUCCUAGCGACACGACGGUACUAUGGCAGCGCAGAGAUCUUGGACGUUCUUGCAAACGGAUGGCGCUUUCUUGGCUAUUAUCUCGUUCACACGCGUAACGUCCGUGGCACGCGAUUUGACUUCCCAGACUUUCGCCAGAGAGUACUAAGCAUACUUGUUGAUAUUGAAGAUCCAGCCGCUGCCCUCCAUUCGCGGCGCAAUUGGCCCAAGGACAUUCAACAAGGCCUAGGGCAUGUUUUAACCCUUGCCUAUUGCGAAGCGGAUCUGGACAACGAUGCAUUUGCGACGUAUGAAGCGCUCCAACGGCAGGAUAUCUCUCUUACUCUGGAAGCGCAGCUAGACCUUGUCAGGGUCUUUGUCCGGUCCGAUUCUUUUGUUCGUGCCAACGCUUUGUACGACUCCAUCGACAUACCUCCCACCGACUUCUGGUACGACUUCUACUUGUCCACGGGUUUAUACCUUUACGCACAUCAAGGGAACGUGGAACAAGCAGAGAAAGCCUUUGCUGAACGCCAGCGACCCUCGAGUAGCGACAAGGCCAUGCUCAUGCAGUCCUAUGCCGUCCAGGGUCAGGCCGAAAAAGUUGUUGAGCUUUUCCAUCGGCUGUUCCCAGAAGGCACUCCUGCCCAUGAUGGACCCACUGCUAUCCACUACACCAUCCUUAUGUACGCCCACGUCCAAGCAAGAGAUCAUGAAGGGUUCAACUACUGGCUGAAAGCGAUGACGAGAGCUGGCAUUCCCACAGACGAUUAUGUUUACAGUGUGGUUAUCAAGAGUUUUGCACUUCGUGGCGAGGUCGAUUCGGUGGCCACAGUGUUAGACCAGAUGCGCACUUCUAACGUUCCUCCCAAUCCUAUGCACUACUCCGUCGCCAUUGCCAUGCUCGCUCGCCGACGAGACGCCGUGUCUGCUGAGGCUCUGUUCAAACGUGCUCUUCGGGAAGGGGUCGUUCCUGAUCGUGUCAUGGUUGGCGCGUUGAUGAACGCUCAUGUCGAGGCGGGUUCCUGGUUAGGUGUCAUCCGAGCUUUCGACUACCUGAAAUCAUCUUCUGGCCCCCAGCUGCGUCUGUCUACCGACAUCUACAACACCCUAAUGAAGGCUUACGUGAUGAUCGGCGCGCCAUUCAAGAUCGUCUCUGAACUAUUCCGUAAGCUUGAGCUUAUGGGCGUUAGUCUUGAUGGCUACAGCUACACCCUUCUCAUCGUCUCCGCCUGCGAUUCUGGGAAGAUGGACAUUGCGCUAGGUAUUCUCCAGGAAAUGGAUGAACUCAAGGGCCGGUGGCGUCACAACCGUUACUUGGACGUGCUUGUGCUAAGCAUUAUCAUGGCCGCCUAUCUACGCGUCAAAGACCGGACAAGCGCAAAAUCCGUGUUUGAUCUCAUGCAGCAGCGCGGUAUUAAACCUCGUUCACAGACAUUCUCCCACAUCAUACGAGCGUACGCCGAGGAGAACACGGAAGAGGGUAUGAAGCUCGCAGAGGAAUUCAUCGGUGACAUUCUUUCAGAUGACCCAGCUAACAGCACGUGGAUACGACCAGGCUCCCACACGGCGGCCUUGGAGCCUAUCUUCCGUCCGCUCAUGACGGUGUACGCUAAGGAAAGAAGACCAGAGGAAGUCGAGCGUCUGUUUCAGGAGAUGCUCAACCAGGGUGGAGAACCUUCUCUGGCCACGCUCACCAUCCUCAUGGACGCAUAUCGCCUAGUCGACGAUAUUGACUCUGUAAUUGCUAUCUGGCCGCAGAUAUGGCAGCUUGCCCUCCGCUAUUCAAAUGUGGAAUCGCUGUUUAGGGGCGACGCAACAAAUCCCUCGGAUCCGGUGAAGCGGCAUGCAGACAUUCUUUGCAUCCCACUGACGAUUUACAUGGAUGCGUUGUCCAAGGCCGGUCAGCACGCCAUCGCGGCGGAGGCUUGGCACAAGGCACGCGUCCAUGGCUUCGCACUCGACUCGCACAAUUGGAACCAUCUGGUUGUCGUCCUCAUUCGCGCUGGUGAGGUCGAGAGGGCGUUCGAGGUGAUCGAACGGGUCGUCAUCCCCUACCAGCGCAAGACUCGUGAGGCACCAGACGACCGUGAGACAGAACCCGAGACGCCGCUCAUAUUCGAUGUCAACCCCGUCACCGUUGACUCGCCAGCGUUCGACAACAAGAUGCGCUCCACGAAACGCAGGGCUCACCGGGGUGGUUUGCACUCGCGAAAGCUCGCUCGCCACGCGAUCGAGUUCGAGAAAUCAAACGAUUUCGCGCACCCGCUCCACAUAUUGCAGCAUAUCUCACCUGGGUGGCAUACCUGGCGUCCACAUAAUGCUAUCCUCCAACUGCUGUCCGCGGUCAUUAAGCAUCUGGAAUCGGGGUACACCGUGCAGGCUGUCGAGCCAUUCAACGAGCCGUCCACGGCGACCAAGGAUGCCACCAAGGAUGACCCUUCCGUCCAGGGACUUGCGGCUCAAGCGAUGCUGAAGCGCAUACACGAACAGUUUCCGGACACCGUGCGCGCCAUCCUGGAUUUCGAGCGUCGGAUAUACUACAAAGAGGCGAGCUCAAGGCGAUCUUCGAGCUGGAUCUAGAGGCAUGCAACAUGUUGUUGUUGUUAUGGAUACAGUGGGGCAGAUCUCUCCACUCGAAGGAUAAUACAGCUGUAUAUCGGUCUACGGAUGCAAAUGGUGAACUUCCAGAGUCUGGCUCAUUGCUCAUGGUUCGGAGGAUUCUGAAGACUCUUCAGAACCCCCGCGUUUGUCCUUGCGACUCUGCUUGCUUGAUCCAUGUCGGUUUCGCUGGGUCUCUAUGUCAGCCGAGCUGGGUAGGCCGAGGCGCGGUCACGCACCAGUGGGAGCUUCUGCCCCUGGUUGCCGAACGCAAUGGAGAGGGGAGUUGUAUCUAUAGGGUGUUGGGUUCGUUUUUACAGUAGAGCAC